AUGGUUCGCUUUGUUCCUUUUGCAGCCACAGCGGCUCUCUCAUUUGGAUCGUGCGCCUUCGCUGCUCCCACGGUGGAAGGUGCCAAACUGCCAGAUCCAUCAACCUUGAUCAAGCCCAUCGGCUUCGACCCUACCAUUGUCUCCUCGCUAAAGGAGCGCAAGGUCGCAGGAGUUGUCCCCGAGGUCAUCACGCUUAGCCUUACCGGCCAGGAUGCGAACUUCACGGACUUCCCCCCCUCAAAUCCCGGAUCUUCUCAACCCUCGAAGCGCGGUAUCAUCGGGGGUGUCGACAACCGCGUCCUCUGGACCAACAAGGACUACCCUUACCGUGCCAUGGGCAGAAUCGCACUCUCCAACGGUGCAAUCUGCAGCGGUGCCUUGAUCGGUUCCCGCCACGUUGUCACCGCGCGCCACUGCAUCCCAGAGAAUGGCGCAACCGCCCGCUUCCAGCCCGCCUACGACAACGGCGAGGCCCUCGGCGGCUACGAUGUGAUCCGCGUCUUUCGACCCGACUACGGUCAGGAAGGCUGGUGUGCCAACGCCUACGACUGGGCCAUCUUCGUCCUCGGCGAGAAGGCUGGAUCCACCAACGGCUGGCUUGGGUUGAAGACGGUGAACCCUGAUACUCAGCUCAACCGCGCCAUGUUCUUCCACUACGGAUACCCUGGCGACAAGGGCGGACAACAACCUUACCGUCAAGAGGCUAUUACAGCUUCUUCCGCGACUCUAUGUGACAGAGGUUCUCCUGUUGUGACUGAUGCCGAUGCUCAAGGUGGACAGUCUGGAGGUCCUUUCUGGAUCAAUGAGAACGGGGAUCGGUACCUCUAUGGUGUUGUUGUCGGAACCAAUGACCAGAUCACGGUUGUUGCCGGUGGCCCAUCUCUGCUUGAGGGAUACGGAAUUUUACUGAAGGACUACCCCAACUAA